UACCGUUAGUCCCGUUACACAUUCGGGAUGCUUUCCCGUUUGACCCGAGUUAACUAGUAGUUUUGUCUCAGUCGGAAAAUUACGGCUCGUCGCAAAUCGCAGACCCGUCCUCGGGCUCGGCCUGCAACACGACAAAUUUGGCAUGCUUCGAAGAUGGAGGCUUGGGGAAAAGAGAGACUUGUCAUUGCAGACCACAGUGAGUAAGAACUGCAGAUGCCCCCAAAUUCAUUCUCAUACCACUCGAGGCCGACCAGCACGACCGAUGAAGACAUUUUCCCGCGGAACAACGACGAAAAGCAUCUUUACCCCUGUCGCGGUCCCCGGAUUCGACCGCAUCAAGCCCUGGACCCUGACCCCCUGCACGGUCUUAUUUUCAGCCCUGGCGCCUUCAAUGCAACUCAAAACCCGACGUCGAGUCGUCGACGUUGUCAUCCCUGCUCAUCUCCUGCGCGAUGCCGCCGUCGACUGGGACUGGCUGUGGCUUGGCCGGCGUACUGCACCUCACAGCGUUCCGUGGGCGCACACACAAACACCACCGGAUAGCCUCAACAACCACCUCAACGAGCUGGGGCUCGGACUUCUGCGGCUAAGCUGCAGUCUUGCUUUGUGCGUCUAGCUGUUUGCCGACCCAGCGACCCGGACAUGCGUCCGUUGUAUGAUACUCAUCAUGUUGUACGGGCUGGCAGUGCCACUGAGAAGGCCUUCUAUUUGCCCUCUCGCAUCCCGCCCU